AUGCACGUGGAUAAGGUGAAGCGCUUCUCUGAUGGGCGUAUGCUCAUCGACAGCACUGCCAUCACCACUGUGCGAGUCAACCACCUGUUGCAGACAAUUCCAUACUGCCAAGCACUGGUGCAGGAGCAGCAGGACCAAGAGGCGCUGCUGCUAAACGCCUUCAUUGGAGGCCUGGAGUGGACCGAGGAGGACGAGGGGGAGGAGGAGGAGGGGAGAGGAGAGGAGAUGGGAGAGCAGGAAGGAGAGGAGGGAGAGGGAGUGGGAAGGGGAGAGGGAGGGGAAAGGGAUGGUGGUGCCGCUGGCAUGGCAGGGAGUGUGGAUGGUAUGGGGAGGGUGUUGCACAGGGGCCCACCCAACAGCAUCAACAGGCGUGCUCUGCAGCGACUCUCCCUGCGCUUGCAGCGGGGAGAGGCUCGCCUCUGGGCUCUUCUGCAGCAGACAAGAGACCUCUCCUCUCGCCUACGAAUGGAUGGCUCCUUCCCCCCGCUCCCCCCGGCACUGCUCCCUCUACUGCCCCCCCGCUCACACCAUAUAAACCCCUCUUUUUUGGGCGGAAGCAUGCUGGAAGGGGCACAGGCACAGCUAAUGGCACUGGAUGGGCGCGCAUGGGGAAAAGAGGGGGGGAAAGCAGAGGGUGGGGGAGAGGCGGAGGGGGAAAAGGGGAAGGGGGAGCAGCAGGGGGAGGAGGAGGUGGGAGAGGGUUGCAGGAAUGAGGGGGGCGAGGGGAGAGAGGGGGGAGAGGAGGAGCGGCAAUCAAAAGAUCCAGCACAGGGCACGCAAGGAAGCAGCAAGGCACAAGGCAAGAAAGAAACACCAGAAACACCAGGAGGUUUACACCAAGAGGGCAGAAGGCAAGAGGAGGUUGCGAGGCAGGAGAAAGGGCAUGGUAAGGGGGGGCAUGAAGGAGCAAAGGAGGUGGGGGCGAUGCGCAGAGAGGAGCCGUUGCUGCUGGUGCGGCGGGUGCAGCAGCUGUCAUUUGCGGCUGCUGCUGCUGUGCAGGGUGGCGUGGAGAGGAGUGAGGGGCGGCAGCAACUUCUGGAAGCGAGGAGUAUCACUCAACGCAUUGGCAUCCUCACAGGUGCGUGGGGCGGGUGA